AUGGUGAAUCUGACGAUCAGAUUGACCGUGCUGGUGCAAGCAGCUUUGCUCAUGCUUGCGCUGCAAAACGUGGCCACGCCCGCCACCGCUUUCUUGGGUCGCAGUCACCCCGUCUUUGCUGAUCACGGCACCGAAGUUGCUAAAAAGACUGUCAACGUUUCUAGCACCACAUUUGAGCAUGCCGAUGCGGCUCCACUCAAGCGCGCUCCGCUUGGCACCGACGAAAACGACGAGGACGAAGAAGACUACGACGAGCUCGAGAUCAUCACGGUUUUUCUUCCAGAGCAGUCAAGUGAGGAAGAAGGCCACGUUGACGCUCUACACAAGCGCGCUGGUCCUACACCUUGCCCCGCCAACCUUACCCGCAGAAGCGCAGCAGUCCAAACAGCUGCCGCCAACCACAAACGCGAACCUCAACCUGAUCCGAGGAUCAUUUACAGGACAAGGUACAGGACCAAGACUGUCUAUGUGACAAGAACCAUCUACGAGACUGUCUACCGCAGAUGUACCCAGUUUGUUCGCAGGGCCACUACUACCUCAAGGCGAAAAACAACCAGCACCAAACGAAAGACGACGAGCACCAAGAGAACAUCAACGACGACGAGCACCAGGAGGACUACGUCGACCAGUUCGAAGAGGACGACUUCCACUUUGAAUGCCGUCAGAACUGCAAGCAGCACCAGAAGGUCCACUACAACAACUUCGACGACGCCAAAACCUUCCACGACGUCGACAACAUCUAGGUCUUCCACUACGUCCAAGCCUUCCACUUCAUCGACAACAUCCAGGUCUUCCACUGCAUCGACAACGUCUAGGUCUUCAACUACUUCUUACUCGACUAGUAGCUCCAGCACCAACCGUGCAUUGACCACCUCGUCCAGCCGAUCUUCGACGAGCACCACGAGCUCAUCCACUUCCACCUCUACUACUUCGUCAACCACGUCUUCUUCGACCAGCACCUCGAGCUCCGUCACACCUACGCCUACUCCCAAGGUAUACAGCCUGAUGGCCAACUACAACGGCCGAAACUUUUACGACAACAUGUACUUCUACACAUUCAAGGACCCCACCAACGGCUUGGUUGAGUUUAUUGGUCAGAAGGAAGCCUCGUCCAUGGGAAUGAUCAAGACUACCAACGGUGGUCAGGUGUACAUGGGCUAUGCCACUACUCGUGUUUACCCUCCCGCGACUACGCCGACUUCCACUACCACUUCCGCUUCCACGUCGACUGCUUCUGCCUCCACCUCCACCUCGAAGGCUACAGUGCGUCGUCGUCAGGCUUCGAGCUCGUCGUCGUCUUCUGGGACUCGUUCUGGAAGCGUCAGCACCACGUCGUCUACUUCGACGUCAAGCGCUGCAGCUACCAGCUCUGCAGCACCCAUCCCAUACUUGAAAUCACUUCGCAUUUCCUCUUUCGAUACCUUCACCACGGGUGUUUUCAUCCUCGAUGCAACUCACAUACCCGUCGGUUGUGGUAUAUGGCCUUCAUGGUGGACCGUCCCCACCAAUCCUACUGGUGGCUGGCCGAAUGGAGGGGAAAUCGACAUUGUCGAAGGAAUCGCGUUCACCUCUCAAAACACUUAUUCAGUCCACACCACGCCCGGAUGCAAGAUCAACUCGACGACCAACUCGCAACUCGGUAGCUACCAACUUACCAAUCUCACCCAGGCGACCAACUGCGCAUCUGCCGAGACGGGCAACCAAGGUUGUGGAGUGCAGUCUUCGGUGCGAAAUGACUUUGGUGUGGCGUACAACAAUCAAGGCGGCGGAAUUCAUGCUAUGGCUUGGGACAAAGACACGGGUAUCAAGACGUGGUUCUUCACGCGCGACCAGACACCUGCCGAUAUCACUGCUGGUAAGCCUGACCCCACCGGUUGGGGUACACCACAGGCCAGCUGGCCGGCUGACAACUGUGACCCCAACAAGUACUUCUUCAACCACGUCAGCGUCUUCUCCAACACAAUCUGCGGCGAAUGGGCCGGCGACAAGAAACUUUGGAACAACGCUUACGCAGGCCAAACUCAGAGCUGUGCAAAGCUGACCGGCUAUCCAACUUGCCAGGCUUAUGUGCAGAGUCAAGACUUUGAUUUCAGCGAGGCUUACUGGCUGAUCAAUUCGGUCAAAGUCUACCAGACUAGCAGGACCCCUUAA